UCAAAAGCAUGCUAUAACAUGUUCAACAAUGAGCAGCUAGGCCUUUGUACUUCCUUCAUGGACCCCAGAAUAUCUUUUUCCAAUGAUUUUGCAGACAGUACUACUACUCAACAAACCAUGAAGCAUGAAAACAUCUACAGAGAAGCUCCUGUUUCUUCGGACUUUGAAUUCUCUGUCAACAACUAUGCGAUGAGAUCCGCCGAUGAGAUUAUAUUUCAAGGCAUGUUGUUGCCCAUAAAGGAUAAUUCUGCCAACCAUCUUCGCAAGACGACUUUGAAAGAAGAACUCCUUGUUAAUGACGACGACGUGUUUUCUAGGCCGCCAAAGAGUUUAGGCCGGUGGAAGGAACGCUUAGGGCUCAAGAAAGCAAACAUUUUGUCUAGAAAAGGCAAGAGUGAUGAGAUCAUGCUUGAAAGUGUGGUUGAAGAUGGAAAUCACAAUUGUGUUCAUGAGGCUACGAAGGAAAACCAGGGACUAUUAUUUGAAGGAGGAUUCAAAUGCAUAGAGAACACCAUGUAAUGCCAAAGAAAAUUUAGAUCCAACGCAGAAACGAGUGGUCAUUUGAUCAGAAUUUGCAUUUUUGGGAGGACUGUUUUGUUCCUGCUAAUCUUCACUUAUCCUUAGCUGUUAUCACAUAUAUAUAUUCGUGUUCAGAGGUUGGCUGAAACUUGUGUUCUUUUUUUCUUUUUUUCUUUUUCUUUUUUUGUACUUUUUUGUUUGUUUCGCUCCCCUCCACUUGAGAAGAUGAUGGAUAAACAAAGAGGU